GGCAACGAAGCCUCUCCUUCUGUGGCUGAAUGGAGGUCCUGGAUGCUCGUCAAUUGGCUACGGGGCGAUGAUGGAGCUGGGCCCGUUCCGCGUGAACAGCGACAACAAAACUCUCAGCACAAACAAGCACGCCUGGAACAACGUGGCUAAUGUUAUCUUCCUGGAAUCGCCUGCCGGCGUCGGGUUCUCCUACUCCAACACGACUUCCGAUUACGACGACAGCGGAGACCAAAGGACUGCAGAUGACGCGUUUCUCUUCCUCGUCAACUGGCUCGAGAGGUUUCCCGAGUACAAAGGCCGCGCCUUCUACAUCUCCGGGGAGAGCUACGGCGGCCACUAUGUGCCGCAGCUCGCAGCCACCAUCUUGACCCACAACAUGAACAACGCCACAAGAACUUCCUUAAACCUACAGGGUAUCCUGGUCGGUAACCCAUUACUUGAUAAUAACAUGCGUGCAAAGGGGGCAGCUGUCUACAUGUGGAGCCAUGGGGUGAUAUCAGAUGAGGUGUGGGCCAACAUCACCAAGAACUGCAAAUUUGACGGGUCAGAUGGCGAUGCAUGCUAUUAUGCUGAUGUCCAUGAUUCUGGUAACAUUGAUCAAUACGACAUUUAUGGACCGGUUUGCAUUUUAGCAUCUGAUGGAACAUUCUACCCCAGUCGCAAUAUACCAGGAUAUGACCCUUGCAGCAUCCAUCACGUAGACGCUUACCUCAAUGAUCCUGAGGUGCAAAAGGCUUUGCAUGCUAGACCAACGAAGUGGUCACACUUGGUGCUCUUGGGCUGGAAGGAUUCGCCGGUUUCAAUGGUGCCAACACUCAAAUGGCUAUUGGAGCACCAACUCCCGGUGUGGCUGUUCAGCGGCGAUUUUGACUCCAUGUGCCCGCUCAUCGCCACGAGGUACACCAUCAAUGACCUUGGUGUCGCCGUCACGGAGCCAUUGCGCCCAUGGAGUGAAGGCAAAGAGGUUGGAGGAUAUGUUCAAGGGUACACGAGAGGGUUAGUAUUUGCAAUAGUGAGGGGAGCUGGGCAUAUGGUCCCUUCCUUCGAGCCCGAGAGGGCGCUCAUAUUGGUCAGCUCCUUUCUGAAAGGAAUGCUGCCACCCAAAAUGGCGCAGUGAUGUCUGAUAUAGGCAACCUGUAAAAAACUUGUGCAUGAAAUGCUUGAAAGCCACACAUCAGGUGCUGUGCAGCCAUAUAUGCUGUUACCUGU